AUGAAUUUUUCUGACAAUGAAGCAGACGACACUUCUAGUGUUGAGAGUACUUCGAACACAGACAAUACUUCUCGCAGUGAAACUCCCACAAAUACACGCGUGAAGAAAAGAAGACGUGGUAAGAAAAAGGCUGUUACUAAGCAAGUUAAACCUCCGUAUAAAUUCAAUUGUAGUGCUAAGGAGGAUCAUGGACAACCUCUGUUUGGUUGUCAAUUCAACCAUCACCUUAGAGAAGGGGAACCUCAAAUAUUUGCUGUUGUCGGCAGCAACAGAGUCUCUAUAUAUGAAUGCCCAGAAUCGGGAGGAUUUAAAUUUUUGCAAUGUUAUGCUGAUCCUGAUGUUGAUGAGACAUUUUACACAUGUGCAUGGUCGUAUGAAGAAGAAACUGGUUUACCACUCCUAGCCGUGGCAGGUUCCCGUGGGAUAGUGAGAAUUUUUCAUCCCGCAACCCAAACAUGUAUAAAGCACUACAUAGGCCAUGGUCAUGCUAUCAAUGAAGUCAAAUUUCAUCCUCGCGAUCCGAAUUUGUUGUUAUCUGCGAGUAAGGAUCAUGCUUUACGUCUAUGGAAUAUAAUGACGGAUGUCUGUAUCGCCAUUUUCGGUGGAGUAGAAGGUCAUAGAGACGAGGUCCUCAGCGCCGAUUUCGACUUAAAAGGCGAAAGGAUAAUGUCAUGUGGUAUGGACCACUCACUGAAACUCUGGAGGCUGGAUAAACCCAGUAUGAAUGAAGCCAUCAAACAAAGUUAUAGUUUCAACCCACACAGAGCACUCCGGCCAUUCAAUUCACUCAAAGAACAUUUCCCCGACUUCUCAACCAGAGAUAUUCAUAGGAACUAUGUGGAUUGUGUGAGGUGGAUGGGGGAUUUAAUAUUAUCCAAGUCAUGUGAAAAUGCAAUCAUAUGUUGGAAACCUGGUCGUCUGGAGGACACAGAGUUAAGACCUGGAGAUAACUCGGUGACCAUCGUUCACAGAUUUGACUACAAGGAGUGUGAAAUAUGGUUCAUAAGAUUUGCUGUUGAUUAUAGUCAAAGAGUGAUAGCUCUCGGCAACCAGUGCGGUAAGACUAUGGUGUGGGAACUAGGCGGCGUGGCGGGAGGGUCGAGAGUGUCGCUACUGGUGCAUCCUAGAUGUGUAGCCGCUGUCAGACAGGUGACUCUGUCUCGAAACGGCAAAAUACUACUUACUUGCUGCGACGACGGAACUAUAUGGAGAUGGGACCGAGUACACAACGGUAGCUGA